UUCUAAGUCAAUUAAUAUAAAUAUUGUUUUUUUAAUCAUUUUUAUUGAAACCCAUCUGGAAAAAAUGAAAACUAGUCAAUUUUUCUUAGCAAUAUCCAAUAAUUAUCAACUAUUUAGUUUGAUGUUGUAGGCUGUUUAAUGCCCCCAACAUCAUCAUAAUGUGGUCCAAGUUUGAGAUAUUGUGUUUAUUUGGUUCAUAUUUUUUUCAAACGAGAACCUUAACUUAAGAGGUGAUCAAUAUUGCAAAAUAUCUUCUUUUUGCCCUUUUGGUUUGAAUAGUUCCAUUUUUUUUUGGGGUAAUGAGAACAAGACAUCCAUUUUCUCACUAUUAAAAUAAAGCACUUUAUGUUUGUAGUCUUUUGGUAUCACUUUCCAUAGCAUUUUAAACCUUUUUUAAUCAUCAAGUGUAGUUUUAUACAGGAAUCUAGCAACUUUUGCUUCCUAUUGCAGUGAUGGCAUUUGAGAGAAGAAAAGUUGCUGGGUCUAGCUAAUGCCUUAGGAUCUGGUUCUGAACUGAAGAAAUUCUAACCUUCUCUAGACUUGAUUGUGGAAGAGAAUUUAUGAGUAAAUGGAUGAGAAGGUGGUCCCCAAUUCAAAGUCUUUAGUCCUAGAAGAUAAGAGUGAUGGCCUUUAUCCCAUGUAUUUUGGUGUUUCUUGUGCAUUUUUGGCUGUGAGACUCUUGUCAUUACCUCAUGAUAUGGAAGACGAAAAAUGGUCAGACAUAAGAGAAAAAAUGCUUCAAGGAAGUGCACAACUCUUGGGGUUGCUUGUGUGGAGAGUUCAAAGAGAAGAAACUGAGAAAAGUUCUGAGAUUCUGCUUAAGCUUGAGAAUGCUGAGGGAGAGGUUGCCGAGUUGAAGAGACUAAGGCACGAAGAUGCAAAGGCGAAUGAGAAAGUUGUGAGCAUCUUUGCUGCUCAGGAGCAAAACUGGUUGAUUGAAAGGAGGAAACUUAGGCAGCAUAUUGGAUCGUUGAUGAGUGAGUUGAGAUUUCUUGAGAAAAAGAAGGUCCAAGCUGUUUUAGAGAUGAAUGAAAAGCUUAAGGAAAUGGAGAAUUUGUUGCAAAGUAAGGACAAGGCUUUAGAGGAAGAAGCAGGGAAGGAGAGAGAAUUAGAAGAAAAGAUCAAAGAUGGUGAGAGUUUGGUUGAAGAGCUGAGAGAAAAAGCUAAGCAUGAAUCGCAAGAGCAUUCUUCUGAGCUUAGGAAGCACAAAACUGCAUUCAUUGAGCUUGUGUCAAACCAAAGGCAUCUUGAGGCUGAUAUGAGUAGAGCAGUGAGGCAAGUUGAAGCCAAAAAGAGGGAGCUCGAUUUGGUCUUGAAGCAGAAGGAAGAAUCUGUUUUGAUGGUUCAGAAGCUGUCUGGGGAGAUUGUGAAGAUGCAUGAUGAUUUGGAACAGAAAGAUAAGAUUUUAUCGGCAACACUAAGGAAAUUCAAGAUGGAUUCAGCAGAGAAGCAAAUGCUUUUGAAAGAGGUUAAGUUGUCAAAGGUUAAGAGGAAGCAAGCUGAGCUAGAAACAGAAAGGUGGAAGGCAGUUUCUGAGUCCAGACAAGAGAGGCAUUCACUAAGGAAUAUGUUAGCAAAACAAGCCAACUCCAGAUUGGAGACAGAUUCUAAUGAAAGAGGGUCAACGGGCUCAUCUCAUUUGCACAUUGGCCACACCAAAUCACAACCAAGUGAUGCUCUUAUGGGAUUUGAGCAUGCUGCUGAUUCCAGGAAUGAAUUUGAAAGUUUUUCUCCCCCUUUUGACAACUACUCACUUCAAAGAAAUGAGGACCGAGCUGAUGUUAAACAGGUGGAGAGUUGGGUUCGGUCAGAAGCAGAGAGGUAUGCUGCUGCAAUCGAACAAAGGCAUCGCAUAGAGAUAGAUGCUUUUGUAGAACAAUUGAGACUCAAAGAUGAGAAAGUAGAAGCUUUUCGUUGGAGGUUGUUAAGCAUGGAACUAGAGUCAAAAAGAUUGCAAUCCCAUGUAGAGGGACUGAACAAAGAAUUGGCACAACUCAGACAUAACAACAUGGAGAUGGGAGCAUUGUUAUUAGAGCGUGAAGAAGAACUAAAUUCCUUGAAAGAACAGUUUGUGGCUCAGCUAAGGUCUUUAAAUUUCCAGAAGAACAACUUCAAUUCAUGCUCAUAUGAUUCAACAUCAGCAUAUGAUCAUGCCAGUUGCUCACAACAACUUAACUCAAAAGACCAAGAAACAAAGACAGUUUCCAUUGAAAUGUCUGCAGAGGACGGCACAGAUGAAAAUCCAUCUGUUGAUGAUCAGUCAAGAAGAACAGAUAAGAUUUUGACAGUUCAAUCUCCUGACAAAGAGUAUGAUGAGCAGAAAGACGUUGUUUCGCAUGAAGUUCUAUCCGAAGGGGGAAGUUCAAGUCCAGUGGAAGUAGUAGAUGGUGGUGAAAAGUUAAAACCAGUUACUCAAAAAAGUUUGAGCAGAACAAAUAGCUCUCAAUGGAGAAUGGAUCUUCAUGCUCUUGGUGUUGCCUACAAGCUCAAGAGGCUGAAGCAACAGCUUGUUAUGCUUGAAAGUUUGAGAGGAAAGCAAGAAAGGAGUGAUGAUAAUAAGGAAAGCAGCAAUAAUGAUGGAGAAACUGAUUUAAAAAGUGUUAUAUCAUUAAUUUCUUUGCUGAACAAACAAGUUGGAAGGUACCAAUCUCUCCAAAGCAAGGUUGAUGAUCUUUGCAAAAGAAUGCAUGAUAGUGAUCUGGAGCUAUACAGAAGAGAUUCCAACACUACAAGAACAAAAGAAAAAACCAAAAAGCUUGAGCACUUCCUAGAAGAAACAUUUCAGCUUCAGAGAUACAUAGUUGCAACAGGACAGAAACUAAUGGAAAUUCAAUCCAAGAUUAGUUCUGGUUUAGUUGGGAAUGUAAAGGAGCUUGAGGAGCCUGUAGGAAGCUUUGACAUGAACCGCUUUGCUGACGCUGUUAGAACGCUCUUCCAUGAUGUUCAAAGAGGUCUCGAGGUUAGAAUAGCCAAAGUUAUUGGAGAUCUUGAGGGUACAUUGGCUUGUGAAGGGAUGAUACGCUUGAGGAGGUAAUACUUGAAUGUAAACGUAGUAACAAAGAAAGAAAGAAAGAAAGAAAGAAAGAAAGAAAGAAAUUGAAGGUUUGAAGAGUUUUCUAUUGAUUUAUGUACUUAAAAAAUUGUAUAGGAAAAUUACACAUAUUGUUAAUGCAAUAAUCUCUUCUUCUAAUCUUCCCUGAUGUGGUACAACACACAUUCAGUUUGGGUAGAAAACGACAUUAUUUUAUCUCUUUCUAAGGUAAUGAAUGAGCUAUCAUCAGCAUAUGAUUUUUGUUUGGUA